AUGGAUGGAACAAAUCAGCUGGCCACGCAAUACAUAAAAUUCCCCAACACAGCAAAAGCACAGUUCCCGAUCAAGAGAGUAUUCCAUUCUAUUGCUGAUCUACUGAACACCAUCGGUGUAAUAGUCUGCACUCACGUGCACAUUAAAGCACCCUCUCCAGAUCCAUCUCCAUCACAAACAAUACCACUCUAUAGAUGUUCCACUUAUUCUGGUUAUGUAGUUGAACAGGAUCAGCUGAAGGUCGCUGAAGUUGGAGACAGUGUUAAUCUGUCUUGCUUCAGUACAAGAGAUAUAAAAACUACCAUUGUGUGGAUCAAACAAAACCCUGGAGAAAAACCUGUUGAAAUCGCUACAUCAUAUCAGCAGCAAGCUGGAACAUUUUAUAAUGGCUUUGAGAAGAGCGGCCGCUUUAAAACUCAAGCAGCACCUGGCAGUUUUAAUUUGACCAUCUCCAAUUUAGAGCCAUCAGACACGGCAAUGUACUACUGCGCUGUCAUCUUUAUAUAUGAUAUCACCUUUGGAGAAGGCACUGUUCUAGUUGUAAAAGGUGCACCACUGACAAAGCACAAAGUUCACCAGCAGUCUGUGUUAGAGGCAGUUCAUCCAGGAGACUCUGUGACUCUGCAGUGUACAGUGCUCACUGAGAGCUGCUCAGGAGAACACAGUGUGUACUGGUUCAGACAUGGAUCAGGAGAAUCUCAUCCAGGAAUCAUUUACACUCAUGGAAACAGGAGUGAUGAGUGUAAGAAAAGCUCUGAGACUGAUUCUCCUACACAGAGCUGUGUCUACAAACUCCCCAAGAGAAACCUCAGCCUCUCUGAUGCUGGAACUUACUACUGUGCUGUGGCUGCAUGUGGACAGAUACUGUUUGGGAAUGGAACUGAUCUACAUAUCACAGGCAAAGUCUAA